AUGACUGUGGGCUUGAGGAUGGACUUCAGCAUGCUCCUGGAGCCUCUGGGCUUUAUUAAGGUCCUUGAAUGGGUUCUUGCCAUCUUUGCUUUUGCCACAUGUGGAGGCUUUCAAGGUGAAACUGCUCUUCUAGUUUCCUGUGGAGGUGUGGUAAACAAAACAGUUACAGCUACUUUUGCUUAUCCAUUCAGGUUGAAUACUGUGGCAUUUAGUGCACCAGACCCAAAAGGCUGUGGUGGUACUUGGACUGAUGCCUACCUCAUGGGCAACUUCUCCUCUUCUGCACAGUUCUUUGUUACCCUGGCAGCAUUGGUAUUCCUCUACUGUACUGCUGCCCUCGUGGUAUAUAUUGGAUAUAACCACGUGUAUCAGGAAAAUAACAAGUUCCCACUAACUGACUUGGCAAUCAGUGUCUUGACAGCCUUUCUGUGGCUGGUCAGUACUUUUGUUUGGGCAAAGGCACUUGCUGACAUCAAGGUGUCCACAGGAGCCAGCAUUGUUCCAGGAAUUGAAUCUUGCAAAGCACCAGGAACAACUUGCCAUUUUCUUUCUGUGACCAGCAUGGGAGUUCUGAAUGUGUCUGUGGUGUUUGGCUUGACUAAUAUGAUUUUAUGGGCAGGAAAUGUUUGGCUUGUAUACAAGGAGACCAACUUGCACAACCAAUGGAACAGAAUUUCUGAAAGUCCCACUGAAAGAGUAUAAAAACAAGUUGAUAUUU